AUGUCAUCUACUUCCAAAAAUACUAAGGAAAUGUAUUAUCUAUCUAUAACAGAUAUUAUUUGGCAUUCUUUAAAUAAUUCCUCAAUAUUUAGCCAAAUGUAUUUCAGUCCAGGCCAGAAAGUUAUAAAAAAUCAAGAACUUUGGCACGGAAAUUUAUUGAAAAAAUCUCCACGAUUCGGACAAGCAUCCAUACAAUUUAAUGGAAUAACAUACAAUUGCGGAGAGUUUAUAGUUUAUAAAGAGUCAAUGGCAAGGAAUAAAUUCAGUCGAAUUUUAUCAAUAGUAAAUAUAGAUAACAAGCUCAAGACAACAGUUCAACGUGUUUUGUUAGAUCGAGAAAUAGACAAUGCAAUCAUAAUUGUUGAAUUACAGAAUAUUGUUAGGGUUGCUCCAAUUAUUAUUCUUUAUAACGAAAAUAAUGUUAAUAUGUUUUCAGUUUUUAUUUGUGAAAUUCUUUUAAACACCAAGAAUAUUGGAAGUUAA